CCAGAUUUUGCCUGCCUCCUUGCCUGUAUGUUUCAGAAACGGUCACUUUUCCAAUAGAGUCAAAAUAGCCUCCUUUAAGGAUCAUUAAACGGUCUCUAUAUCGACUUAUCUUCAUUUAUACCAGCUUUUAUCAUGUCAGCCAUCGAAGCCGCGCAGAAGUUUGUUAACUUUGUCAACGUCUCGCCAACGCCGUACCACGCGGUCAACAACAUCAAGCUCGCGCUCCUCCACGACGGAUUCACGGAGCUUUCGGAACGCACCGGCUGGAACGCUGCGUUGAAGCCGGGUCAGAAAUACUUUGUCACGCGUAACAAUUCGUCCAUCAUUGCGUUCACUGUCGGGGGUGAAUACGUCGCCGGGAACGGGAUCGCGGUUGUGGGUGCGCACACCGACUCGCCGACCUUGCGUUUGAAGCCAGUUUCCAAGAAAUCUAGCGAGGGUUUCAUCCAGGUGGGUGUAGAAUGUUACGGUGGUGGGUUGUGGCACACCUGGUUCGACAGAGAUUUGUCUGUCGCUGGGCGGGUCUUUAUCAGCGACAAACAGGGCAACUACGUGGGCAAGUUGGUGAAGAUAGACAAACCGAUCUUGCGUAUUCCUACGUUAGCCAUCCACUUGAGCAAGGAGAGAGAAAAGUUCGAGUUCAACAAGGAGGCCAAAUUGGUGCCAAUUGCCGGCCAGCAGCACAUCAAGGCCGAACAGAAUGACCACGAGCACUCCUCUUGCGGUGCCAAACCAACGGAGGAACAGUUUUCGUCGAUUAAGGCCACGGUAGAGAGACACAACGAAGGGCUUCUUGAGCUCCUUGCGACAGAACUCGAUGUGGCGGUGUCCCAGAUCGAGGACUUUGAGCUUGUGUUGUACGACCACCAAAAGUCAACCCUCGGGGGUCUCCACGACGAGUUCAUCUUCUCCCCACGUUUGGACAACUUGACUUCCUGCUUCUGUGCUACCGAGGGCCUUCUCGCGUCCACCAAGACCUUGGACACCGAUGCGGGCAUUUCGAUGAUCGCCUUGUUCGACCACGAGGAAAUUGGGUCCUCUUCUGCCCAGGGCGCCGACGGGACCUUCCUUCCAGACGUGCUCGCGCGCUUGACCGCGUUUGACUUUGCCACCGGUGCCGCGGGGAACUUCAAGGAACAGGCGUUGUCCAAGUCGUUCCUCCUCUCGUCCGACCAGGCCCACGGUGUGCACCCGAACUAUGCGGACAUCCACGAAGCUCAGAACAAGCCGCAGUUGAACCGUGGACCAGUUAUUAAGAUCAACGCCAACCAGCGCUAUGCCACCAACUCCGCCGGGAUUGUGCUUAUCAAGCAAAUGGCCACCGCCGCGGAGGUGCCAUUGCAGUUGUUUGUGGUACGCAACGACUCGCCGUGCGGAUCCACCAUCGGGCCAAUUUUGGCGAGCAAAUUGGGUAUGACCACGUUGGAUUUGGGGAACCCGCAAUUGUCGAUGCACUCCAUUAGAGAGACCGGCGGAACGUUUGACGUGGAGAGAUUGACCAAGUUGUUUGGGGCGUACUUCGGAAUGUAUGCGGAGUUGGAACCGAAGGUGUUGGUUGAUGGGGUGUAAUAUUCACCGGUUACAGCCUGUGGAGUUUUAUCAGUAGAGUAUUUUAACUGUCUAUGAGUUCUGUCCUGUUGAUGUAAGACUAAGGGGCCUAUCUCCCCUGGCGACCGGGUCUGUCCAUGCGUUGGGUCAGUAUUGGUAGACAGAGAGCAAACAAUCUCUGAUUAUUUACUGAGAGUUUGCCUGUCAAGUUCUUUAAUGGUUUUCUGUUGUUUUGUUUGUGUAUACGUGUUGUGGGUUCGCGCUAUGAGUUAACGUUGUUCACAGCUUAGAGGAUAUGCAUGUGCAUAUGCAGGGCUAGAAGUUAAAUAUAAUAUGAAAACAAGCCAAG